AUGUGGAUCCCGUCCUCGAACUCCCUCAGCCACGUGAAGGACAUCCACUCGGUGCUGGAGGUGACCGUCUACGACGAGGACCGAGACAACAAGGUGGAUUUCCUGGGGAAGGUGGUCGUCCCGCUCCUGUCCAUCCGCAACGGGGAGCGGAGGUGGUACGCGCUCAAGGACAAGAAGCUCACCGGACGGGCGAAGGGGUCCUGGCCUCAGAUAUACCUCGAGAUGAACCUCGUGUACAAUCCGAUUCGGGCGAGCGUGAGGACGUUCAACCCGAAGGAGGAGAAGUACACGGCGACGGAGCAGAAGUUCAAUCGGCACGUGUUUCUCAGGAACGUGACCCGGCUGAGGGACAUCGCGAUGUCGUUCGUCGAGACCUCCAAGUUUGUCGGGAGUUGUUUGGAAUGGGAGAGUCCAUCCCGGAGCAUUUCCGCCUUCAUCGUCUUCCUCGUCGUGACGUACUUCUUCGAGUUCUACAUGAUUCCGGUCGCGCUCCUCCUCCUCUUCCUGAAGAACUACCUGUUGCUGUCCGGGACGAGUCCGGGACCCCGGACGCACGCGGACGACGACGACGAGUUCCCGGACGACGAGGGGGACGAGGAGGACGACAAGGUAAUUCCACGGCGAUUCGGUCGUUCGAGGUCGCACGGGGUCCUAAAGCUUCGUUUUGGGAUCGGCUUAAAGAUGAGCCACGUAGAGGAGAAGAAGACGCUGAAGGAGCGGCUGCAGGCGAUCCAGGAAGUGACGCAGACCGUGCAGAACGUCCUCGGCUACAUCGCGUCUCUCGGGGAACGCAUCGCCAAGUACCGGCCUCCCUCGUUCCGCUCCCGCAUUCCGUGCCGACGUCGGAUACCGGCAUUCCGCGUCCUCUCUCUCCUCCUUAGCACGUUCGCCUGGACGGUGCCGUUCCUGUCGUGGCUGGCCAUCGUGGCGCUGGCGGUGGCGACCGUGAUACUCUAUCUGGUGCCGACGCGGUGGCUCGUCCUCGCCUGGGGCAUCAACAAGUUCGCCAAGAAACUCGUGCGGCCGCACUCCAUCAACAACAACGAACUCCUCGACUUCCUCUCUCGCGUACCUGACUCCGACGAGUUGGUGAAAUUCCGGGAGCUGCGGACGUCGUCCUCGAGCCAGUCGGACAAGCGCCGCGACACCCGACACAAAAAAACCAGCUGAGACCGAAGCGAGUCUCGUUCGAAUCGCUUGCCUUCUCGCGUUCCUCUUCGUUUCUAGUCCGGUGCCAGUGUGAUUCGUGUUUUUUGCGAACAGGGUUCAGGAAGAUCAUCGUGCCAAGUGUACCCUAGGGUUCUGUGAUUAUGCGAUUUUUGCUUUCAAAUUUGCGACGUUUUGGACCCGAGAUGCACCUUGUUUCGGCUCAAUUACUCUGCACGGAUUUUGAGAUAUCGGGUUACUGUGUUAUCGAUUUGAAAACCAAGCACACAUCGAAUUGCAUCUUGUGAUCAUUCCAACUUGUUGAUUUGGAUCGCCAAAGAUCGAAUAAAGAAAUCCACAUCCUGUUGACAGAAA